GAUUACUGGUAAAGGCGUCGCUGACAUUCCUUUGCUGUACAAAUCAAGAUUUUUUAUUCGUUGGACUAUCUGAACAAACGUUCAACAUUUGAAAUUCUCUUUGUUGCGACUUUGUUGAGCAUUGUGUAAACACUUUAACAGAACCGAUAGUUUGAUACGGGUGUUGGUGAGAUCUUAAGAGCUCGAAAUUGGAUUAACGUCGUUAGUCGCCUAAUAUCAACUAGUAACAGGCGAAUGUGUCUCGUGUAUCAUCGCUCGCAAACGUCAAUUUAACCCGAGCUCGCGCUUCCCGCUCUCGACGGUCAAUAGAAGGUUUUUACCUCAGAAAUAGCAUGAUCCCUUAAACCUUUAUUAAACGCCGUAACCUUGGUAGAAAUACUUGUAACGUACAGCUUCAACUUGACAUGGAGAAUUACCACCAGUCGCGACAUGACAGCUCCAGCAAUGGAAAAAUGCUUCGGAAAAAGGGAUUUGGAACUGGAAUUUCUUCGCUCGGUAGUUCAGAUGACGGAGACAAAAAGACAAAGUUUCACUUAAACAUCAGAACACUUACCGAUGAUGUGUUGGACAGGUUUUCCAGCAUCCGGAUUCCUGGCAGUAAAAAGGAACGUCCUCACCUGUCCCACAUGGCCAAGAACUCUUCUUCAGGUGACUGGUCUACCCCCUCUGAAUUUGAGGACCUCUCUUCAAGGAUCACAUCCGAGAAGGAAAUCCUGGCCCUCUUUGAGAAAAUGAUGGAGGAUAUGAACCUUAAUGAGGAAAAGAAAACACCACUCAGAGAGAAGGACUUAAGCACGAAACGGGAGAUGGUCCUUCAGUACAUCAUCACAGCUGCGAAAACCGGGAGUCUGAGGAGCAGCAGUCAGAUCUCUCCUCAGGAGUUUCUAAGUGAGCUGAAAGGGGGAGCCACAGAUGAGAGACUAUUUGCCUGCCUGGACUCGCUCAGAGUGUCUCUGACCAGCAACCCAGUCAGCUGGGUGCAGAGUUUUGGCCAUGAGGGACUGGGAUUCCUGCUGGAUAUACUGGAGAGGCUUGUGCACAAAAAACACCAAGAAAAGUUGGACAAGAAGAAUCAGCACAAAGUCAUUCAGUGUCUCAAGGCCUUUAUGAACAACAAGUAUGGACUGGAGCGGAUUCUAGGAGAGGAGAACAGUCUGGCACUUUUGGCCAGAGCCAUGGACCCUUGUCAACCGGCCAUGAUGACCGAUGUUGUCAAACUUCUCUCUGCAAUCUGCAUCGUGGGAGAAGAGAACACUUUGGAGAAAGUCCUUGAAGCCAUCACCACGGCAACAGAGAGAAAAGGGGUAGCCCGCUUCAGUCCUAUCGUCCAAGGCCUUAGCGAUCGCUCGGUGCAGCUACAGGUGGCCUGUAUGCAGCUCAUCAAUGCCCUCGUAACAUCUCCUGAUGAGUUGGACUUCAGGCUUCACAUCCGUAAUGAAUUUAUGCGCUGCGGCCUGCGAGAGAUCCUGCCGAGCCUGAACACCAUUAGAAAUGACGCUCUGGAUAUCCAGCUAAAGGUUUUUGAGGAACACAAGGAGGAGGACAUGAUUGAGUUCUCCCAUCGUCUGGAGGACAUCAGAAGUGAACUGGAUGAUAUCGGGGAUGUAUUCAAUGUUUUAUACUCCUCUGUGAAGGACACAAACGCAGAGAGUUAUUUCCUUUCCAUACUGCAACACCUGCUGCUGAUCAGGAACGAUUAUUUCACACGGCCUCAGUAUUUUAAGAUCAUAGAGGAAUGUGUCUCUCAAAUCAUUCUCCAUCGUAAUGGCACGGAUCCUGACUUCACCUACCGCAAACGUCUGGAUGUGGACUUCAGUCACCUGUUAGAGGCGUGUGUGGAUAAAGCCAGGGCAGAGGAAUUUGAACAGAGAGCUUCUGAGUUGGCUCAGAAGUUGGAUGAAGAGUUCAUGGCAAGACAGGAAGCUCAGGCGCACUUAUCGAAGAGAGAAGAGAAGAUCAAUGAGCUGGAGGCUGAACUUCAGGCUUAUAGAAACCAGGUAUCUAAGCUUUCUCUCUUUUGAUCCAGGCCUUGUCUUCAACCGGCUCAUCCUCAUUUCCACUUCGCCCCACCUCCUCCGCCCUCUCUUUCUGGGGCUCCAGUUCCCCCACCUCCUCCACCUCCACCGCCGCCUCCCAGCUGUGCCUCCAUGCCCGGGAUGCCUCCGCCUCCUCCUCCUCUGGGUCUGCUUGGCCUGGCAGCUGCCUCCAACCAACAAAUGUUGCCUUUCGGCCUGAGACCCAAGAAGGAAUUCAAGCCUGAAACUUCCACGAAGCGCCUCAACUGGUCCAAGAUCUCACCCCAGGAGAUGUCCGAGAGCUGUUUUUGGAUCACCGUCAGUGAGGAUCGUUACGAGAACAAUGAGGUUCUCAGCAGACUGGCCCUCACCUUCAGCACACAGAAAGCCGUUCGAAGAGAGGAGGAAGACCUGGAGGAGAAGAAAUCCAUCAAGAAGAGAGUGAAAGAACUGAAAGUGCUGGACCCAAAGAUAGCGCAGAACCUCUCCAUUUUCUUGGGGUCUUUCCGUAUGCCCUACGAGGAGAUCAAGAGAAUGAUUUUAGAGGUGGACGAAGACCAGCUGACUGAGCCCAUGAUCCAGAACCUUGUGAAGCACCUGCCGGAACACGAGCAGCUAAAUGCACUGGUCAAGUACAAGAGUGAUUAUGACAACCUAUCUGAACCAGAGCAGUUUGGAGUUGUUAUGAGCAGCGUAAAGCGUCUGAAGCCCAGACUGAACUCCAUCCUGUUCAAGCUGCAGUUUGAGGAGCAGGUGAAUAACUUGCGUCCCGAUAUAAUGGCGGUGAACGCCGCCUGUGACGAAAUGAGGAAGAGCAAAGCCUUCAGCAGGCUGCUGGAACUCGUUCUGCUCAUGGGGAACUUCAUGAACGCCGGCUCAAGGAACGCCCAGUCUUUUGGCUUCAACCUCAGCUCGCUCUGCAAGCUGAAGGACACUAAAUCGGCAGAUCAGAAGUCCACUCUGCUGAACUUCCUGGCAGAGACGUGUGAGGAGAAAUUCCCUGAAGUGCUCAAGUUUGUAGAGGAUCUACAGCAUGUUGAUCGGGCUAGUCGAGUGUCAGCAGAAAACAUGGAGAAGAGUUUGAGACAGAUGGAGUUACAUCUGCUGCAGUUGGAGAAGGAUCUGGAAACUUUCAGCUCUACAGAUGACCAGGACCUUUUCCACAGCAAGAUGGCAAGUUUCUCUACACAAGCGAGAGAUCAGUACCAGAAGCUGGUGAUCAUGAAUAGCAACAUGGUGACUCUCUAUCUCAACAUGCUGGAGUAUUUUGCCAUCGACCCCAAGAAGACCUCAGUGGACGAACUCUUUACCGACCUCAGCAACUUCAGAGCCAUGUUUAUGCAAGCAGUGAAGGAGAAUGGAAAGAGAAAAGAGGCGGAGGAGAAGCAAAGAAGGGCGAGGGCAGCCAAAGAGAAGGCCGAGCGAGAGAAACAGGAGAGGCAGAUGAAGAAGAAGAGAUUGCUGGAGGUCAACACAGAGAACGAUGAGACCGGAGUGAUGGAUUGUCUGCUAGAGGCACUGCAGUCUGGAGCCGCUUUCAGGGACCGCCGAAAAAGAGCACCCAGACCCCGAGAUCAACCAACUCAGCGGCUCAGCAUGAGUCCACACAGACCUGUACUGAAAGCCUACAACCAUGAAAACAUGAAAGCACCUCUGCAAAGGUCACGGUCGCGGCAGAAUAUCAAUUUCAGCUCGACACGAGCACCCACUGCCAAGGAGCCUCAUUACGAGAGCGAAGCCCAUUCGUCUGCAGCCCACAGAGCGACCCACCGGCCCGACAAGGAGAGAGAGAAAGACAAAGAGAAAGCGAGAGAACGAGAGAAGGAAAAAGAACAAACUCCACAGCUUUGUUCAUCCAAUGGCGACACGGACGUGGAGGCUUUGCUCGCUCGCCUGCGUGCCCUGUGAUGACAUCACCACCUCAUGUACCACCAGCUUCACUUUGACCUCUGUGGUCGCUAUGGUGACAAGGGGGUUUAGGUCACCUUUAGCUAAUAAAUGCUGUCAGGUUGUUACACACACACACACCCACAGGAAAAGUCUUAACAAUUAACCUUUCCCAUUGGCUUUCUCUGACCUUUUACCUCUAACAACAGACGUGUUGUCCACAGGAGUCAUUGUGCUGAUCUGUUGCAGGUUUAAAACCUGAAGCUUUAGUCGUCUCUGUCUUUUAUUAAGCACCUAAUUACUGGACAGUUUCGAAUGACCUUUGGACUAAGCACUUGUCUUUUUUUAAAGUAUAAAAUAGAGCAAUUAUAAGUCUUUAAAACGCUUUAGCCGCUUCCUAAAGAUGACGCAUGGGCAUGCGUAUUUUCACAGCCGUAGAUGCUCUUUGAGUGAGGACCGAGCAAAUUUAUCAAAUCAUUCCUUUUCUCGUUCCUUAGAGCAUCACGUAGCUUUAACCUGCAUGUGCAAUUGUUAUAAAAAUGAAUCUGUAUUUGUUUUUUGUUCAUGUAAUCUAAUGUUUUAUUAUGCAUGAAAGUCUUUAUACAUUAGAUUAUCAGUAUACGUCAAUAUAUUUUUUCUGUUUUUGAAUGAUAAAGUACAUGUUGGUCUUGUCACCUUGCAAAAGCUGGUACUAUGCAAACACAGCGGUUCUAUAUUGUAAAAGCAUCUGAAAGAAAAUCUCUGAGAGUAUUUGCACAAUACCUGACUGAUAUAAUGCACACUCCUACUCUUCACACUUAUUCUUCAAUCUGCUCUUCUGAAAUGUACCCUGUAUAGCGUUUCCUUUUUCUGUGUCUCGUAUUGUCUGACAUUCAAUUGUUCGCUUUGCAUAUGUUAGUCCGUUUGAUUUGUCUCUCGUAUGUGCACGUUUUUUUCAUGUGUAAUUGUCAGGUUUUCACAUUCCUCCUCAUGAUGUUUUGUGUUGCGCUGUUGCUGAUGUGAUUUUCCUCUUUACUGCUCUCAAUCAGGCAUGACAUCAGGAUGAGAUUACCUAUGAAAUCACAUCCCGCUCACAUCACCUCUUUUUAUUCCUUGAAAUUGCAUUCCUGUUACUUAUAGACGUUAUUGGGGGAAAAUUCUUUCGGUGAAAUGUUUCAAAUAAACUAAGUGAAAGAACUCCA